AUGGUCGGAUUUGGAUCUAACAACAGCAACAUUCAUGCAACAGACACUACCUACGCUGAUUUCCUGAUGAUGCUCAUUUCUAUUUAUUUCUUGUUUACGCCUGCCAUUGUCUGUUUAGAUCAGCCAACAGGACAACCAAAAAGCUUUGAAAUGUACGUGGAGAUGUUUAAAGGAGACGUGGAGAUUUAUCGACAUGUACGCGUUGUUUUUACCGGCCGAGAAGGCGCUGGUAAAACAACGGCGUGUCAACGGCUACAAAAGAAAGAGGUCGACCUCAACAUUCGCAAACCAACUGUGGGAGCUGUUUUACAUCCUAAUUGGUUCUCCGUGGACAAGAAAUCUAAGGAGUGGAUACAAAACGAUGAUAAAUCAGCCAGCGAGAUAUUGGAAAUCCGUCUGGGCAUAACGAUGAAGAAAGCACAAACAAACAAAAAAGCUGGUUUGCAGACAGGAUUACGAGAGGGCGCGACAGAUUUAUCAAUGACGACAUCACAAAAGAAUGACCUAUAUGAGGAAUGCAUUGCAGUCCAAGAAGCUUCACAGCAUGCCAACACAGAUGGGGUUCUCCUAUCUCUGUGGGAUAUGGGUGGACACUCGUCGUUUCAGGCUUCGCACAAUGUGUUCGUUUCGUCACAUGGCGUUUACCUGCUAGUCUUCAGACUGACAGAUUUUCUCAAAGACAAACUGGAAACUGACAGACUAAAGAAAUGGAUUCGAAUGAUUGGCACCUUUUCGUCAGUUGAAUUGAAUGCGCCGAAGCUAAAAGAACAUGAACCUCCACUGAUAUUUGUCGGCACAUUCCUUGAUGAACUCCAGAAAAACUCCACGGUGAGUGAUUAAUCUGUUCAGUUGUCGUAUUACACACUUCCCCUUAUUUCAACGUCUAUGUAUUAUCGCGGAAAAACACGAGACAAUCAAUGUAAUUUUAUGUGUUAUCAUCACUAACUUAUUUAUUAAUUUUAAAGAGCUUGUUACGUAGGGGUUAUCCCGAUCACUUCUGAACUGUUAUCUGUGAAAAUUUGGGUCAAUUUAUUAACAAGAGCGAAGCUCCUAAAUGGUAGCACAUGCGUGCGUAAACAGAGUUGCUUCCCCUGCUACACAUUGCCUUUAUUUUUGUUUCGUCCGGAAGUAGACGUCCACUGGGGAAAAUAGAAGUGUGUCCUUGAGGCAAAUACAAUUGAGUUUCAAGACAUACAUGGUCAUAUAGUGAAAACAAUCUUCAUGUUUAAUUACUUUUUUUUUAUUUAGAUAAAAACGAAUAUACAUUCUGAGAGAAAAAAGUCUAUUACAUAAAAUGUGAUACAAACAAGCAUGAAAGUUCGUUCAGAGAUUAUCCUACUAUGACGUCACAAACACGUCACACUUCAUCGUUCUUAAUCGGUUAUUUCCAGACGGAUGAAAAAUAACCGGAGAUGUCCGUUGUAUUUAUCUGCCUAUGGUUUUUUUUUUAUUUCUAUUUGUGCUACAACCACAAAAGGUAAAAAAUGCGGAUAAUUUCUGAAGAUCCUUUUUGUCAUCAACCAGGUUCUGUUAAUGUUUCUACCGGGAUAUAUCUUCAAAAAGAGCCAGCACUAAAUCAAUAGGUCAACGUGUACAUCUAUUUGUUCAUCGUCUAAAAAAUCAUCGGCUUUUGAUUUUCAUUU